AUGGCCAAAGUGAAGAAACAAAGCCCCGCCGCGGUUUCUCUUAAACGCAUCAAGGACGAAAUGGAAGAUGUUGAUUAUGCGAAAGACUCGAGUGAGGAACGUCCUUUAAAGCGCGGGAAAAGCUCUACCUCAGCAACCUCUAUUUCUCGAUCUGCAACUCCUACAAUACCUGAGGGCCACGUAGCUUUCAAUGUACAAUACCCGGAUUUGACAAAAUUAGGGGAGAAGGGGAAAGAAGUGUUGAAGCAUGCGGAGUUUCUAGUCUCGCCAUUUGUGGCUAAACGUGUUAAUAAGAAGGGCGAGCUUGAUACGUACUACAUGGUGGAACCAUCUUCAGAAUGGGAGAGCAUGAGGAAAUAUACCAAUUUCGUUAUUGUGGGUGACACCUACGGCAACGACUGCUUCGUAUAUGUUAGAAGCACUACCACACCAGCAGAAAAUGACACACAAGAGCCUUCAAUGAAAAACUUCUGGAUCGCAAGAGUAUUGCAAGUCAGAGCAAAAGACGCAUCGCACGUUUAUGCAUUAGUGGCAUGGAUGUACUGGCCCGACGAGUUACCAAAACCAAAGAAACCUUCUGCAGAUCAAGUCAACAAAGCAGGUGGAAAGCGGACAUAUCAUGGAGCGUAUGAAUUGGUCGCCUCGAAUUACUUGGAGGUCGUGGAUGUCCUCUCAUUUGCUGGCAAGGCGGAUGUCCAGCAGUGGGAUGAAGAUGAGGAUGGUGAUCAAAUAAGAUCGCAGCUGUACUGGAGACAGACAUUCUCACGGGAAACCCAUGCUUUAUCUCCAAUUCGAGAACAUUGCAUAUGCAAAGGGCAUUACAAUCCCGACGUCCCUAUGUACAUCUGCGACAAUGCAGAAUGCAAGAUUUGGCUCCACAAACAAUGUCUCAUCGAUCACACUCUCACCAAAGAAUUUGAGAAGAUAAACCUGGCUUCUGGAUCAACUUCGAAUUCAAAAGGGAGAUCUACCAAGACCAAACCGUACGCUGGUGUUUUAUCGGGCAGUAUUGACGAAGUGGGGGAGAAUAACACGCCGAUGAUUACUAUGAGAGAUCUUCGACAGAACCGGAAGAGCGUGCACCAACAAAGGAUUUGUUGUCCAAGAUGUGAUACAGAGCUAGACUGA